AUGUGGUCUACUGUCUUCGUAAUUCUUUGGCUUGGAGUGGUACAGGGAAACCGCACACAUAUGGCGGAGACAACUGGUCCACUCGAGGAUCGCUUGCUAUCGCGACGGGUGCGAGGCUUAGUCUUUCCGGACAAGGCUUCUCUUUUACUGACGGCCGCCUUAACCAAAAUCAUUGUCGGCGGUCGACCUAGUGGUCUCCAGUAUAGUCUGGAAUUUGAUAUGUACGUACCAUUGCCCGACACCGUUGAGGGUUGGCAGCCAAAAAUCCUAAAAAGUUUGAAACCCAAGCCCACACCAAAACGUCGAUGGGAUUGGUCUUACUACCGAAGACCGGCGAGCUUUUAUCCUUAUGAAAUUCCUUAUAAAGCAGAAUCUUAUGCCAGUCCCUCCACAAGCAGAGAUACGUUCUACCAAGCCAAGCCCUUCAAGACUACACCUACUUCCUUUAAUAGAGAUUCAUUUUACCAAACUCCCUGGUAUUUAUCAUCGCCUGACCAUCGUAAGAACACAUAUCAACCUGAAGAAGAGGUCUACGAAUCAUGGGCUCAUGUUCCUAGCUGGAAGCUCAAUCGUGGAUAUAGGGAGCGCAGAGAAAUAUUCGAUCAGCUCGAAGCCAUGGGAAAAGUCUUUCAGUUGGACCUCAGAUCAUGCAUUAAGAGAGCGAUGUGUGAGCUUAGAGCUAGGCUAAAUGCAGGACAUCAUCAGGGUUUCCUGAUGGAGGAUCUCAUGCGGAUUGUGCUGACAGUACCCGAGGAGAUAGUCGACGGGAAGUAUAGACAUCGCAUGGAUGUCCAGGAUUGUGCUCGAUUCUACUCCCCCAGUUGUCCUUACAAAGUGUUGGAUUUCCUUACACCGAGUGCCCAAAAAAUUUGA